AUACAUAAAGAGACAUCUACAUAGAGAUAGAUUAUGUAUGGAUGUAAGAAUGAAAAGUGUAGAGUUACAUCAGCAAACCUAAGACCUGCCCUCCUAAUUAUCAGCAUUUGCUACUUCCUGCCGAUCGAAGAAAAAGCAGCAGAAGGAGAGAAAGGGGGAAAGAGAAACAUACACGUCCACAGUACUACGAUCCCAUAAAUGUGUUGUGAGCAAAAAGGGUUCGUUUCUCGUCUGAUGUAGUUCGCUAAAAUCAGCGCUGAUUUUUAUAAAGUUGAAGAGGAUAUCUUGAAAGUACAGUUACAUAAUAGUACGUACGUAGGACGUGCAAGAAUUGUGUAUUCAUACAGACAUAUUAUAAUUAUGGGUAGAGGGAAGGUGGAGUUGAAGAGGAUUGAGAACAAGAUCAACAGACAGGUGACUUUUUCCAAGAGGAGAAAUGGACUGCUCAAGAAGGCUUGUGAACUCUCUGUCCUCUGUGAUGCUGAGGUUGCUCUCAUCAUCUUCUCCAACAAAGGAAAGCUCUAUGAGUUCUGCAGCACCUCUAGCAUGAGCAAGACAUUGGAGAGAUAUCACAAGAGCAGCUACGGUCCAAUUGAAGCUCACCAAUCUCCCAAUAAUGCACAGAAUUUACAACAAUCUCAGAGGCACCUUUUGGGAGAAGAUUUGGGAAAGUUAGGUCCGAAGGAACUUGAUCAACUCGAGACUAUGCUAGAUACGUCUUUGAAACAAAUAAGACUGAAACAGACUCAACAUAUGUUUGAGCAGCUUUCAGGUCUUCAACAAAAGGAAAAGAAUCUGAUGGAGGUUAAUAGGGCUCUGAGGAGCAAGCUCGAAGAAACUAAUGCAGCAAUACGAGAAACCUGGCAACAAGGCGAACGGAACAUGCCCUAUCGACCCCUGCAGCUGGCUCAGCCUGAGGCAUUUCUGGAGCCCCUUGGCUGCAAUAAUACAGCACAAAUUCAGUACAGGUUGUCCGCACCGAAUAAUGCAGCAGAAAAUGCAAAAGGGAUGCUGCCCGGAUGGAUGCAUUGACUGCAUGUCCUAAUAUUAAAUGGUCUGCUGUAAUAGUUAGACAAGUUUUUAUGUAAGAGAACAUAUAGAAUAAGGUAUGGUAUUAUUAUGAGCUACCAAAAAUGUUAAAAGGGGCUUUGGAUAUGGGUCGGAAAUACCAUAAUAAUAUAGCAAGGGAUCAUGUUAUGGUACUGAAGUUAAUAUGGCAUAGGUACGUAUGAUGGUGACUGGGGAUUUCAUGUCUGCAAAACCUCAAAAAAUGAGUGUCCAGCUAUAUUAAUAAUGUCACCUUA